AUGCCUUGCGCUGGUCUAGUUGAUGAUGUUAUUGUUUCAUUUAUUUUGUCUAGAUCAGUGGGCAUUAAACAGCUAAUUGGGAUGUACUGUACAGCAUUAGAUGUUGAUGUAAGAACAAACUGCCCAUCCAACGAAGAUGCUAUUUACUGGCAAGACCAUAUCCCUGUCUUUAGGCUCUGCCUGAUGUCAUUGCAUAACCGCGGUCCAUUACCUCGGGAUUCCGGUUGGGAGUCGGAUACGAUCUGCGAAUGUGGGGAAGACAAAGCUUCCCCAAGCUUCCCCGCAUGUCGGAUAUGGGGGACGGGUAACGGUCAUGCUUUGAUUGCUGGAUGCUGUACGCUACCAUACAUCUUUCUUUCUUUGUACCUAUCAAUGGUCUUCACACCCCCGUCGUGGCUCCCCAACUUCUCCCCCGACUCCAUCCCCGAUGACGUCCCAAUCUGCGAGUUCAUCCUCAACGACGCAUACGGCCGCGCUCCGCUGGCCACAGCCAGAAAGCCAUUCGUCUGCGGCAUUACCGGUCGAGGAUACACCGCGACAGAAGUCAAGCAGAGGGUGGACGCGCUGGCGCGGGGGUUGGCGAAGGAACUGAACUGGGCGCCGAACGAGGGGUCGGAAUGGAAUAAGGUUGCUGCUAUUUUUUCUGUCAAUACGAUUGAUACCCUCCCUCUCUACUGGGCUAUCCACCGUCUGUCCGGCAUCGCCUCGCCCGCCAAUGCAUCCUACUCCGUGUCGGAGCUGGCGCACCAGCUGCAGUCGUCUGGCUCCAAGGCCGUCUUUACGUGUGCCUCACUCCUGCAUACUGCCCGUGACGCAGCGGCGAAAUGCGGCAUUUCCGACAACAGGAUCUAUGUCAUCGACAGCGCGGUCUGCGAUGACAGCGAUCCCGCAGAGACGAGGAAGUUCAAAACGGUCAAUGCGCUGAUCGAGGAGGGAUCGAGAUUGCCGCCGCUGCAGCCGCUGUGUUGGCAGAAGGGCCAGGGGAAGAGACAAUGUGCGUUUCUGUGCUAUUCCAGUGGGACGUCUGGCUUGCCGAAAGGCGUCAUGAUCUCCCACGUCAACGUCAUCGCGCACGUACUCAUGAUGGCUGCGUUUGAGCGCCCGACUCGCCGCGAAGACCAGCGCGAUGCGAUCCUGGGCCUGCUGCCGCAAAGCCACAUCUACGGGCUGGUCGUCAUCUGCCACGACGGCGUGUACCGGGGCGAUUCGAUCAUUGUCUUGCCCAAGUUCGAGCUCGUCACGCUGUUGGAGUCGAUCCAGCGGUUUAAGAUCAAUGCGUUGAUUUUGGUCCCCCCAACCAUCAUCGUCAUGACUAACAACAAGGCCGUGCUGGACCGCUACGACCUGAGCAGUGUGCGGGAGAUCUACAGCGGCGCUGCACACCUCGGCCCUGAGACGGCCAGUCAGCUGCAGGAGCAGCAUCCGUCGUGGAUUAUUCGAGGAAUAUACGGUCUCACUGAAUCUACGGCUGUCAUCUCACACACCAGCACGCACGAUGUCUAUUACGGCUCUUGUGGCUCUCUGCUCCCCGGCUAUGAGGCUAAAUUGCUCGCUCCGGAUGGGUCAGAGAUCCACGAAUACGACACGCCCGGAGAGCUCGUCGUGCGCGGUCCGCCUGUCGUGAUGGGCUAUCUGAACAACCCGAAGGCCACUGCUGAAACCUUUGUCGAUGGGUGGCUGCGGACAGGCGAUGAGGCGGUCAUCCGGAAGAGCGCCAAGGGCCACGAGCAUGUGUUUGUGGUGGACCGAAUCAAGGAGCUGAUCAAGGUGAAGGGCCAUCAAGUGGCGCCCGCCGAGCUGGAGGCGCAUCUCCUGACGCAUCCCGGAGUCGCUGAUGCGGCUGUCAUCCCUGUGCCAGACGAGGCGGCCGGAGAAGUGCCCAAAGCGUUUAUCGUGAAGAGCAGUUCCUUUACUGGCAGCACAUCCGAACUCAUUCAAUCCGUGACUGCGCACGUCGAACAGCACAAGGCGCGAUAUCGUUCAUCAAAAACUCUCUUCAUUCGUACCAAAACUUUGUUUCUGUCUACUGUUUCAUCCCCGCUCAUACUCACUCUUCGCCUCCUCGUAGUAAUGUGCCAUCUCGACCCCGGCCCGCGAAUACCCGCACUUGGCAUAGAAGCCCUCGUUGCGCUCUGCGCAGUCCAGAAUCGUCUUGUAGCAGCCGACGUUGACGGCGAUCGAGUCGAGCGCGUUGAUGAGCCGGAGGCCGAACUUUUGGCCCUGGUGGUCUUUGCAGAUGGAGAUGUCUUCGAUGUGUCCGAUUGUGCCGAGGUUGUGGAUGCUGAGAAAAUAAACCAGUGA